UAGAAAACACUUCCGGGUGUGUUCGACUCUUCCUCCCUUUCAGCCUCACAACUUUUCUUUCUCUCUGUUUCUUUAAAAACAGAGUUUGACUUCAGUUUCUCGGUUUAAAUGUGAGGAGCUAACAGACCUCCAGCGGCGGGAGGAAGAAGAGCUGACGGUUGGAGGAAGCAGAAGAAAGGUGGAAGUUUUUGAAGCCGUGAAGAGGAGGAAGUAGAAGAAGAGAAGUGGGCGGAGGAAGAGGAUGGAGGGGGCGGAGCAGAGAGGAGGCGUCAGUCAGACGUCCGGCGUCACCGAGGAGGAGACUCCUCCCACGGAAACAAACAGUAACUGCAACCACACCGACGACACCGUCACUUCCUGUCCAGCUGAGGCCAUGUCAGAGGUCACCAUGGAAACUGGGCCGAGCAAAGACCUCCCAGUGACCCCACAGCAACCAGGAAGUGGACCUGUGGUUGUUCAAGGCAACAACAGGAACCCAGCCAGUGAGAAGCUGCAGAGAGUCCGCAAGUGGAGCAUCACCACCUAUAAGUGCACCAGGCAGGCUCUGUCGGAGAAGCUCGGUCGUGGAUCUCGUACGGUGGACCUGGACCUGGGGCCUCGGCUCGAGCUGCUCAGAGACGACCGACAACGCUACGAAAACGUGACCAAGCUGGCUCAGACGCUGGCCAAUCAGCUCGCUCAGUUCACAGUUACCCAGAAGACCCUGGGGGACGCCUUCAGCGAUCUCAGCAUCAAAACACCAAAACUGCACGUGGAGUUUGGUCUGAAUGCAGAAGCUCAGAAGUUUCUGUGUAAGAGCGGCGAGACUCUGGCGGAGGCCAUUAACGCCUUCACGUCCGACAUGAACACCCUGGUCAACAAAACCAUCGAGGACACUAUGAUCAACGCCAAGAAGUACGACGCUGCCAGGAUCGAGUACGACGCGUACCGAGUCGACCUGGAGGAGCUGAACCUCGGGCCCCGUGACGCCAUCACCCUCCCCAAACUGGAGCAGGCCCAGAAAAACUUUCAGUGCCAGCGGGAGAAGUACGAGAAGAUCAGAGACGACCUGUCCGUCAAAGUGAAGCUGCUGGAGGAGAACAAGGUCAAAGUCCUCCAUAACCAGUUGUGGCUGCUUCACGGCGCCGUUGCCGCUCACAGUUUAUCGUGUCACAGCUUCCUGGAGCAAAACAUGCGUCAGGCCAGCGAACACCUCAACAACGCCAGUGUGGACGACCCCUCUUGGCUGGAGGAAAGUUGACACAACAACCAAACCUGGUCACAUGGCAGGUGGACAGAUGUGGGUUUGGAAAAAAGGUGUUUUGGGAUAAAUGGACACUAUUGUGGGAAAAGUUAGGGAGAGAGAGAUUGUUUUAGGAUUUUUGGACUAGAAAUGUUGGGACAGAUGUGAAAUUUGGGAUAGUCAGUCCGGUGGGUAGGUAGUCUUUUUAUACUAGAGUGGAACUGGAGUUUGUGGGUUUCAUUUCCAGCAUCUGGAAAACUGAAUGUUUGCACCAGAAACAGGGAAUUUGAUAGUUUAGAGGGAAAAUUAUUUUGGACAUACUUAAUAUAUCUCCUGCAGGUCUGAAAAGGCUUUGAGGAGGUGGAAUUUUAUCACUUUCCAGGUCUUAAAGUGUUGUAAAACUGCAUAUAAGUCUUGGAAUGUGUUGAAAAUUAUGUUAUUCUGAACAAAAAUUGAGGGACAAAAGAAACUCUUUACUAUACGUACAUUCACAGACUUGUGACUUCUGACCUGUUUAACAGAGGCACACACAUAUGUACCCCUCCUGGUUUUCUUGCCUCUGUCUCAGUGUGUUGGGGAGUAAAUCCAUCUAAUCCUCUGUGAGGCACUAAGCCUUUCUUUGAACUUUAAAAAUCCUCAGCCACUGCAGUCGGGAACAAAAAAGUGCCUUAACUCCACUUCAGGAAAACAGCUUCACUGUCCACAGAGGUUGGUUCGAUCCCCAACUCUGACCUUAAGAUAGUCCUGUUUUGGAUCUGGGUCCAGGUUCGUAGCAGCUUCUCAUUUGUAGCCGGCGCUGAUCAUCAAUUCUGCCGGUUAAAAUAACAGCAGAUCAUAUUCAGCUAAAGCUAAUUAAUGUUAAUACAAGAAGUUAUUUGCUAAAAGGCCAAAAUGAAACUUCUCUGGUUAAUUUGUCCUGUGCCAAAGAUUAUUGGUGAGGUAACAGAUGUUUCUCUAUAUCACCACUCUAUGAGCUCCACGCAAGAGGACCAGACCAUGUCCAAGACUAAACCAACAGAAUGAUAAAUCUACAGAAACAAACUUUAUUCCAUUAUAUCAGUCAUUUUCAGAAACUUAAUCGGGACCACCAGUGUUUGGAUCAAGUAGCUUGUGAAAAAUCUGGUGAAAGUGACAGAUGAUGGAUGGCCACCCAUAAAGUUAACUUACCAGCUACAUAGUUUCAGUAGCACUGGUCUGGUUGGCUGUUGGUCAUUUCAAGCUCAGCAACCUGCAAAGACCAAUUUGAAUAGUACUAACGAACCAAAAAAUGUCACUAUACGUCGACGAUGAUGCCUCGUUCAUUGGUGAAAAAAGUUAGUUGUCGCCAAUAUUUCAGGCAAUACUUCUUCAGUAGUCAUGAUUUAGGUGUUCAUUAACUGUCUCUUCUAUCUAAUGAUAUAAUAUUGUUAGUCUAAAAGCCCCUUUUGAAGUUUAAACCUCAACCACAACAGUUUUUCUCAAACUUAAAUUGUGUCCACCAGCCACAGUGGUUGGUACUUCUCAAUGCACUCCAGUUACAUUCCAGUUCAUAGAAUAUAUAUUCAUUUUAUCAGAGUUUCACAGUAAGAAACCACUUAAUUAGCUAUCAUACUGACCGAUAUCUGGGCCAAAACUUCCUCUGCAGUCCGAUCAGAAACUCACACACAAGAAUGACAAGAAAGACACAUUUUGGCUAAUCUCUGUAAACAGAUACAUUUUUUAAAAAAGCAAAAUAAUCGUCAGAUGAUAGCCGAUCGGCUCAGAGAUUUCCUUUCCAGCCAAUACAUUCCACCUCUGUCUGUUUACCUGCAGGCAACCAAAGCUCGCUCAGGCGUGAUCGAAAGUACUCGCACUACAAACCGAAACCAGAACGUUUCUGAUGCCAAAAUCUUUGUCCCUUUUCUGCAGAUUCUGCAUUCAUGUGCAGAUAUCUGUCUAUAGAGAUUAAUUUUUCACAAUAAAGUUGCUUGUUGCUGUCCAUGUUUUUUGUUUAUUGGUAAAGAAAGGCCACUGACAUCCUUCAUCAGCAGCCAAAUAAUAAAUGUUCAUCGUCCUCCAAAUAAAAGGCUUCAUUAUUUUGAGCCAUCGUUCAUGUUUAAACCAAUAUACUCUUACACACUGCAAAUUUGCCAAAAGAAUUUUAGUUUUUGAAUCAUUAUAUCACAUUUAGCUGAAAAUACUGAAUAAAUGUGUCGCCUUUGUGUAAUUUUUGUCUUCUGAUUCUUCUGUUCACUAUUUGGUGGACAAAAUAACGCUUUGACAAUUUGCAUCAUAAUGUCAAACUGUUGUUAUUUUAUCCACCUGCUGAAUGUCCUUGCACUCUUUGCACUCAAUGCGUAAUCUGCCUUUAAAUAUCUCCUGUGAUACAAUAUGUGAAUUUUCUCCUUUCCGGACUUGUUUUUGUUGAUAUGUGCGAAGAUGUUUGUGUGUCACUGUACCUCAGGCCUGACAACAACAUCAUCUAUGCAAUGACUGUGGAUGCUUUUGUGCAAUAAUGUCUCAGAAACCUCACCUUUUAAAAAAAGAAUAUAUGUACACUGCUAAUGUCCCAACUGAGUUCAGUGUUGCCUUAAAGGGAAAUUCCACUCAAUCUAAAAAUGAAGUAACGGUGGUUCCUGUGAUUUGUUUGAGACCAAAAACAGGGUUUUACUUUAAACUGUAAGAGAGAAAACUGGCAAAAAUUUACUUUAUUUUUAAAAUUUUCAGCUAAUAAAAAGUUUUUUGUGAUCCCAACAAACUGUUUUUGAUCGGUGGUUUGUUUGUUUAAUAUAAUUAUGAAGAUUUUGAAUCCGAAAGUUCAUUUUUGACCUUGGAAACGGUACUCAAGGAACUUACUUACUAGCUUUUCCCCAGACUUUCAACUGCACCUUCCUUCAAGAUCAAGUUUUCUCAAAAUAGAAAAACUUUGAUAAGAAAAAAAGAAAAAAGCCAGUAAGUUGAUGGAGUUAAACUCACUAAAGAAGACCAGGAGAUGAGGUUGAAAGCCCUGGAAGAUAGCUAGUGAGUUGUUUUCUAAAUUAUUAUGUAAUUUUGAACUCUUUGUGAUCAAUAGAGAACUAAAAAGAGAAAUAAUUACACAUACUGUCUAUUUCAUAUCGUACAUCACAGUAAAAAAUUAUGGUUGAUUUUUAAAUUUUGUGCUAUUUCCCUUUAAAAGUUUGUUUGUUUUCCACCACUGUGAGACAAAAAGUAAAAGCAGCAGCGCCGUCUGUGCGAGUCACUGUGGAGGGAAAGUUUGGGGGAUGAUAAGUGAUGAUGAUGAGGGGUUUUCAGUGUUGGCCUUCCUCCAGCGGACUGAUCCUCAUCCUCGUAAUAACAAACGUUUGAGGAAAUCCUCUCAGUGAACAGCUGACCCUGAAAAACAGCCCGCAGUCCUUUUCUGUCAGACCAAAGUUUAAAUGGGAAUUGAGUCAUUUUUAUUUGAAUUAUAUAACAAGGACCAAAAUGUAUAUAUAACAAAUAAAUUGUUUUAAUGUUGAAAUGUUUGUAUCUUAUGUGGCAAAACUGCCAAAUAAAUCUAUCAAAAGCAAAA